GCCAAGAGCGUGUCAUGUUCGACAAGAUCACGUCGCGCAUCCAGAAGCUCUGCUAUGGGCUCAACGCUGACUUUGUCGAUCCCGCCCAGAUCACCAUGAAGGUGAUUCAGGGGCUGUACAGUGGUGUCACGACGGUGGAGCUGGAUACGCUGGCUGCUGAAACGGCCGCCACCCUGACCACCAAGCACCCUGACUACGCCAUCCUGGCAGCAAGGAUUGCCGUGUCCAAUCUGCACAAAGAAACCAAGAAAGUGUUCAGCGAUGUGAUGGAUGAUCUCUACAACUACAUAAACCCUCACAACGGGAAACACUCACCAAUGAUCUCCAAAGAAACUCUAGACAUAGUUUUGGCCAACAAAGAUCGCCUGAAUUCUGCCAUUAUCUAUGACAGAGACUUCUCCUACAACUAUUUCGGUUUUAAGGUAAAAAGCACAUUGCUCAUGAUAAGGUCUUCAGUUGCUGAGCGUCCUCAACAUAUGUUGAUGAGGGUGGCGGUGGGGAUCCACAAAAGUGACAUUGAUGCUGCAAUUGAGACUUACAAUCUUCUGUCUGAAAGGUGGUUUACCCACGCCUCCCCCACGCUGUUCAACGCGGGCACCAACCGGCCUCAGCUUUCCAGUUGCUUCCUGCUGUGCAUGAAGGAUGACAGCAUUGAGGGGAUCUACGACACUCUCAAGCAGUGUGCGCUGAUCUCAAAGUCCGCUGGUGGGAUCGGUCUCGCUGUGAGCUGUAUCCGAGCCACAGGCAGCUACAUUGCUGGGACAAAUGGAAAUUCCAAUGGGCUUGUUCCAAUGCUGAGGGUCUACAACAACACUGCCCGUUACGUGGAUCAAGGUGGAAACAAGAGACCUGGGGCUUUUGCCAUCUACCUGGAGCCGUGGCAUUUGGACAUCUUUGAGUUUCUUGACUUAAAGAAGAACACUGGAAAAGAAGAGCAGCGAGCCAGAGACCUUUUCUUUGCCCUCUGGAUUCCUGAUCUCUUCAUGAAGCGAGUUGAAACCAACCAGGACUGGUCCUUAAUGUGUCCAAAUGAGUGUCCUGGCCUAGAUGAGGUCUGGGGAGAGGAAUUUGAGAAACUAUAUGAAAGUUACGAGAAGCAAGGCCGUGUCCGCCGCGUGGUGAAGGCCCAGCAGCUCUGGUACGCUAUCAUUGAAUCUCAGACGGAGACCGGCACGCCGUACAUGCUCUACAAAGACUCUUGCAACCGGAAGAGCAAUCAGCAGAACCUGGGGACCAUCAAAUGCAGCAACCUGUGUACAGAAAUAGUGGAGUAUACCAGCAACGAUGAGGCUGAACGCUCCAACAGACGCCAUCGUCCCAUUGGCAUCGGUGUGCAGGGUCUGGCAGACGCCUUCAUCUUGAUGAGGUGCCCCUUCGAAAGUCCCGAGGCCCAGCGCUUGAACCAGCAGAUUUUUGAGACCAUUUACUAUGGUGCUUUGGAAGCCAGCUGUGAACUUGCCAAGGAGCAAGGACCUUAUGAAACGUACGAGGGUUCUCCUGUCAGCAAAGGAAUUCUGCAGUAUGACAUGUGGAAUGUCACCCCGUCUGACCUUUGGGACUGGAAGGCUUUAAAGGAGAAGAUUGCUACAUACGGUGUCAGAAACAGCCUUCUCCUCUCUCCAAUGCCAACUGCUUCUACUGCUCAGAUCCUGGGCAAUAACGAAUCCAUUGAGCCCUACACCAGUAACAUCUACACGCGCAGAGUCCUCUCGGGAGAGUUUCAGGUUGUGAAUCCACACUUGCUGAAAGAUCUCACAGAGAGGGGCCUGUGGAACGAGGAGAUGAAAAACCAAAUCAUUGCGCACAACGGCUCUAUCCAGAACAUCCCAGAGAUUCCCGAUGACUUGAAGCAACUCUACAAGACAGUGUGGGAGAUCUCCCAGAAAACCAUCCUGAAGAUGGCAGCCGACAGAGGAGCUUUCAUCGAUCAGAGCCAGUCUCUCAACAUCCACAUCGCAGAACCCAACUACGGCAAACUCACCAGCAUGCACUUCUACGGGUGGAAGCAGGGUCUGAAGACGGGCAUGUACUACCUUAGGACAAAACCAGCUGCGAACCCCAUCCAGUUCACCCUGAACAAAGAGAAACUCCGAGAGCGGGAGAAGGCCUCCAAGGAAGAGGAGGAGAAGGAGAGGAAUAAAGCAGCCAUGGUGUGCUCGCUGGAGAACCGGGAUGAGUGUAUGAUGUGUGGCUCCUAACGGGGCCGCCCUGCAGCGCCAGCAAAGCCGUUCCACCUGGCUGGAGUCCUCGGAUGGAAGCAUCUAGUAUAACUUCAGGAUGUGGAGGCUUGCUGGACCCGUGGCAGGAGGGGUGAUCACACUAGUGUCUUGUAGCUUCCCCAUCCAGCUGGGGUUGGUGCACAGGUAGGGGUAGGGUGCGUGAGAAGUUUGUAUAUUGCUUUAGUAGCUGGGCUUCC